AAGUAUUUGAAAAUAAAACUAAACAAAAGUGGAUCUAGUCAUAAUUGGUCUUUCAUAUUCUGGAUUUUAUUCGUCUGUUUCCAAGACGAGGAUAGCUAUACCUUAGAACCACUGUAAACAAAAAGGAACACACGAUCAAUCACAGAUUGACUCGCAGAUCAAAUAUCAAUUUUUUAAAGGAUGGCACUUUCAACAAGAGGGAAGUUAGCAGUAAGAUCUGCAAUGGAUAUUGAACAAGGAUUUGAACCACCACUUGAUUUCACUUUUAUGUGUUUAACAUCUGUAGCAGAUUGCUUAGAAGAGCAACCACGUGACACAACACCUGAGAAAUCUAAAACUCAGACCUCUCAAGAACAUAAACAACAAGAAGCAAUAAAAAGAAAAACUAAUGCCAUCCGUUUGAGCAACAAUGUUAUCACAGAGUGGAGAGAGCUUUCCUCCACUGUGCAGAAACUGGUUGAAAAUCCGAAUGACAUAGAAUGGAUAGAUCUUUCCUUUAAUGAUCUAACUUCUAUUGACAAGUGUGUUUUGGAAUAUCCAAAUCUAAAGGUUUUAUACCUACAUGGUAACAGCAUCGAAAAGAUAACGGAAAUAGAUAAGUUAAACUCUCUUCUUCAUCUAAAAACUCUGACACUACACGGUAAUCCAAUUGAGGUUAGCUGUAAAGGUUACAGACAGUAUGUUUUAUCGAGAUUACCCUUGUUGAAAAAUAUUGAUUUCAGCUGCGUUACAAAAUCAGAUCGUGCAUGUGGGCAUACAUGGCAUGAAAUGAAUAAACAGAAAAGAAAGAAAACGGACUAAUAGGAAAAAGCAUUUCUUAUGUUGUAUUUUUGAUUUGAAUAUAAAUAUCACAGUUUUAAACACACAUUCUACAUAAUUUAAAUCAUUAAUUUUUUUUAAUUAUCACCCUAAGGUAAUUAAUUUUCGCGAAAACCUUU